GGCUCCCGGACCCCCCGUGGGUGUGUCGGCCGCAGCCUGCGGGGCCUAGCGAGUCCCGCGCUCCCGGUUCUGCUUGGCCCCGUCCCGGCCGCGGGCUCCGGCUGGGCAGCGGCCCCGCCCCGGCCCCAUGGCCGCCAGCACCAAGGCCGUGGCCCUCUUCAAGCGGACCCUGGCGCUGUCUCCCCCGCGGUGCCCCGGCGGCGGCCAGCGCUGUUCGUCCUCGCCGCUGCCCCUGCCGGGGGGCCGGCGCCGCGGGGGCAGCCGCCUCCUGCACCAGGGCUCCCCGCCGGGGGGCUGCCCGGCCUCGCCCCGCUUCCAGCAGCCCGUGUCCCCUCUGCUCUGCCCGCAGGACGCGCUCAGCGACGGCCUCAGGACCUGCUACCGGUACCUGAACCAGACCAGCCGGAGCUUCGCCGCCGUCAUCCAGGCCCUGGACGGGGAGCUGCGUCAUGCUGUGUGCAUAUUCUAUCUGGUUCUCCGAGCUCUGGACACGGUAGAAGAUGAUAUGACCAUCAACUUAGAAACCAAGGUCCCAAUAUUGCAUGACUUCCACUCCUACCUGUAUCAGCCGGACUGGAGAUAUUUGGAGAGCAAGGAGAAGGACAAGCAGGUGCUUGAGGACUUCCCAACGAUCUCCUUGGAGUUCAGAAACCUGGCAAAGGUGUAUCGAGAUGUGAUUGUAGAUAUUUGUCACAAGAUGGGAGCUGGAAUGGCCGAGUUCUUGGAAAAGAAGGUUGACACCCAGCAUGAGUUGGAUAAGUAUUGUCACUAUGUUGCUGGGCUGGUGGGCAUUGGCCUUUCCCGUCUGUUCUCUGCAUCAGAGCUAGAAGACCCUAUCGUAGGACAGGACGCAGAGCUUGCAAAUUCCAUGGGCCUCUUUCUUCAGAAAACCAACAUCAUUCGUGAUUAUCUGGAGGACCAGGUGGAGGGAAGAGAGUUCUGGCCCAGAGAGGUUUGGAGCAGGUAUGCCAAGAAGCUGUCGGAUCUCGCCAAGCCAGAGAACAUUGACGUGGCCGUCCAGUGUAUGAAUGAACUGAUCACAAAUGCAUUGCACCACGUCCCCGAUGUCCUCACCUACUUAUCUAGACUGAAAAACCAAAGUGUCUUCAACUUCUGCGCUAUUCCGCAGGUGAUGGCCAUCGCCACUCUGGCGGCCUGUUACAAUAACAAACAGGUGUUUAGAGGUCUAGUGAAGAUUCGGAAAGGACAAACUGUCACUUUAAUGAUGGACGCCACAAACAUACAAGCUGUCAAGGCUAUAAUGUACCAGUAUGUGGAAGAGAUCUAUCAGAAGGUCCCAAGCACAGACCCUUCUUCUAACAAGACCCAGCAGAUCAUCGUCUCAAUACGGACAAUGAGUUUGCCCAAUGGCGUCGAGGUAUCCCGUAACCAUUACUCCCCCAUCUACCUUUCAUGCGCCAUGCUUCUGGCAGCACUGAGCUGGCAAUACCUGAGUGCGAUGUCAAAGGCAUCAGAGGAGUAUGUGCAGGCCAGUGAGAACUGAGGGUUGGUGGGGAGAGCAAAGGUCAGUGGAUGGAUAAUGUUGGGAACAGGUUUUUCUCUCUUCCCUGUUGGAUCUGCUGCCCUGCGGGAUGCCAGACUGGUGUGGGCCCUUAAAGCUGUGAAUGGAAUGGCAAGUUUGAAGGUGUCGGUUGGCUCGCCGUAUUGUGUGUUGCAGCCACUAGCUAGCAGCUGGAUUUGGCUGCUUUCAUGGUCCGGAUGAACAUGUUACAAAUCAGACUGGUUGAGACUCACUUUUCCUCUUUGUGGGAGACUGUUUUACCUGAAUUCUGGCCGGGAUAUUUUUAAAUUGCCUGUCACUUGUGAUUUUUUGACACUUCCUUCCUGUAAAAAGUUGCAUGACGUGAGCCUUUACGUUCUCUCAUCUGCCCUGUGUGUGUUCUGACCUCAGUUCCUGCAUUUCUCAGCAACUGAAUGUUUCCAGCAAGUCAGCCAUCUUGGAAGCCACCAUUCCCUCAGGUGGAUGAAAUCUUCAAUUCACUGGGGAUCUUACAGUACAGAGAUGAGUGCAUAAGUUCUAGGCCUUCCCAUCCUUGUACUAAAGAAUUG